GCGGGCGGAGCCUUCAUGAGGCAACAUUGUCUCGGUAAAAAGCACUUAUCCAGCGUGGCACUAUUUUUCUUCUGUUCGCAAAAACUAACCAAAAACCUCCGUUUUCAGCAGAGAAGAGUUUGAUUUUUUUGGACUAAGCAACCCCAGAAGGAACUCUUAUGUGAUCUUCCCGAGGAUUUGCGGGGUAACUUCAGUAAAAAAGUGACAUUUUGGUUGAUUUCUCGACGCGAGCGGGUCCAGCUUGACGCUGAUAAGAGAGGCUCGACUCCAGCCCAACCGUCCUGACAUGGACACAGCGAUCAUACCUGAAAAGAAAAGGGUGAGUUCGGAGCGCAGGAAGGAGAAGUCGAGGGACGCGGCGCGAUGCCGUCGCGGGAAGGAGUCGGAGGUUUUCUACGAGUUGUCCAAGCAGCUGCCCAUCCCCCACAGCACCAGCUCCAACCUGGACAAGGCCUCCGUCAUGAGGCUGACCAUCAGCUACCUGCGCAUGCAGAAGCUGCUCUGCAUCGAUGAGCCAGUGGCAGAGGAGACAACAGAGCUGGACAUCCAGCUAAACGGCUCCUACCUGAAGGCCUUAGACGGCUUCCUGGUGGUUCUGUCUGAAGACGGAGACAUAAUCUACAUCUCAGAAAACGUCAACAAGUGCCUCGGCCUGGCACAGUUCGACCUGAUUGGACACAGCGUGUUUGAUUUCACGCAUCCCUGUGACCAGGAGGAGCUGAGAGAGAUGCUGGUCUACAGAAGCGGCUCCAAGAAAGUCAAGGAACCGAGUACAGAGCGCAACUUCUUUCUGCGGAUGAAAUGCACGCUGACGAGCCGGGGGCGCACCGUCAACGUGAAGUCCGCCACGUGGAAGGUAAAGCAAAGAGAAAUACCUGCAGAGAAGCAUUAAAGAUUUAAGCAAUCU